UCCCCCUCCGCCUCUCCUCUCUCCCCCGUCUCUCUCUCUCUCUCUGAUCUGCGCCUGCCCUUUUCACCAGUCUUGAAGAAUUUUCUUUUUGCUUUUCUUCUUGAAUUUUACCCCUAAAUUUGUUGUACUCAAGCUAGAAAAUUAUGGGAUUGUCAUUUGCCUGCAAAAUCAAAAUCCAUAAAGUCUGAUUAUUAAGAUUAAUGGUGUCAGCAUUCAUUGAAUUUUGUAUAAAGUUUGCAACUUUGGACACGGGAUUGAAUAGUCGGGAUAGAAUAGGACAAAAACUGGGGUUAGGCUAUUGGAAUAACAAGUAUUUGAUUUUGAUUGCUGGUUCGUUUGGCUGAUUGACUAUUUAAGCAUAAUAUGUAAAGGGAUGGUGACCACUACAUUGAGAAGGAUUGUAUCGCCUUGUUGGAGACCUUCUGUUCAAAAUGAAGGUCAAAAUAGUGGUAGAGGAGGUGAUUUGGGAUGUCGAGUUGACGGAUUAUGGUGGUAUAAAGAUUCAGGGCGCCAUGUUCAUGGGGAAUUUUCAAUGGCAAUAAUCCAAGCUAAUAAUGUACUGGAAGAUUAUAGCCAGCUUGAAUCUGGGCCAUUGAGCUUGGAGGAGUCAGGUCCUCAAGGAACUUUUGUUGGAAUUUAUGAUGGCCAUGCCGGUCCUGAGGCUUCUCAGUUCAUAAGUGAUCAUCUUUUUGACAAUAUCAAAACUAUUCAUGAUGCAGAAUAUACUUCAGAGAAUCAAGGAAUGUCAGCUGAUGUUAUAAGUAAAGCUUAUUUGGCAACAGAAGAGGCGUUUCUUUCUAUGGUGGAAAAACAAUGGCUAAUUCAACCACAGAUGGCUUCUGUGGGAUCGUGUUGUCUAGUAGGUAUAAUAUGUAGUGGAGUGUUAUACAUUGCAAAUGCUGGUGAUUCUCGGGUGGUCUUAGGGAGAAUGGACAAAUCCUCAAAAGAAGUGAAACCUGUGCAGUUAUCAACUGAGCACAAUGCAAGUUUUCCAUCUGUUAGGGAUGAGUUGCAAUCCUCACAUCCUGAUGAUCCACAGAUUGUGGUUCUAAGGCAUAAGGUUUGGCGUGUAAAGGGUCUUAUUCAGGUUUCAAGAUCAAUUGGUGAUGCUUAUUUGAAGAAAACAGAGUUCAACAGAGAACCUUUGUUGCCAAAGUUUAGGUUGCCUGAACCUUUCCAGAAGCCAAUUCUUAAAGCUGAGCCAUCAAUAUUUGUGCAGAAACUCUACCCUGAAGAUCAGUUUCUUGUAUUUGCUUCAGAUGGACUUUGGGAGCAUCUGAGCAAUCAGGAGGCAGUUGACAUUGUCAACACCUGCCCACGCAAUGGCAUUGCUAGGAAACUUAUCAAAGCUGCACUUUGUGAGGCAGCAAAGAAACGGGAAAUGAGAUAUUCUGAUCUGAAAAAAAUUGAUCGAGGGGUCCGGAGACAUUUUCAUGAUGACAUCACGGUUAUAGUAGUAUACCUGGAUUCCCCUUUGAUUAGUCGCAGUUCGUUGAGGGAGUCGGUGGUUUCAGUGAGAGGAGGUGGAGGUUCUGUUGAGGAUGCUAAUGCCUAAGGAAGAGGAGCUUUUAAAUGGUGCACAUUGUCCCGUUUGGGUGGAGAAGUUUUAUGUUACCCAGAAAGGUAAAAGGAAAAGAUGAGAAAUAUGCAUAACUUGGCCUUGGGGAUCUCACCGUAAAUAGUGGGGUUAAUGAUUAUGCCAAGAAGAUGCAACGAGAAAAGAACACUGAAAACUUGCUCUGCUGAUUGGCAUAUGAAACUCAGAAGGUUCUGGUUCAUAAUGUUGAUAUGGUUUGCCUUCAGAGGUAAUGAAUGGUAUAUGGAGAUUAACUGAUCACUAUUUUGUUAUUGAACUGAUCACCUCAUCUGGUAUUAUGUUCUUUUUCUUGGUAAAAGUUAUACAUAUUUCUUCUUCGUUUAUGGAGUUGAAACUAAAUGUCAAAAUUUUGUCUCUCUCCCCUUGUACUACAUUGUUAUGGGACGAAAAGUAUUGGAUGUCCAUAAUCCAGUAUUCGUGCACCUUUCUUUGUUUGUGA